ACCAUGUGGCCCUUUCUGAGCCGCAAGCUCUUCCCGCCGCCCUCUGAGACCUGGCUCCAGGUGGUCUCCUCGGACCCCAAGGCUCAGGGCUGGGGGGCCUGGGGCAGGACUGAGAAGACCCCAGUGGGGGCUGACGCUGGGCACGGGAAGGAGCAGGAGGAGGACACGGAGGACGAUGCCGGCCUGCUGCUGGCCCUGCUGGAGCCGGAACACCUGGCCCAGUGCCCGGUGCCUGACCAGGAGCUGGAGGCCAUCCAGCUAAAGCUGUGGGCCAUGGAGCAGGCUGAGGAGGCGCCAGAGGCACCCGGAGCCAGAGGCGAGGCUGGCCAGGAGGAGGAUACACAGGCCAGCCAGCUGCUCAGCUCCGAGACCUCCGGCUGCUCCUUACCCAGGACCCCCAAGGACAAAGUGGAGGCUGACCACAGGUCCAUCUACGUGGGCAAUGUGGACUAUGGGGGUACUGCCGAGGAGCUGGAGGCCUACUUCAACCACUGCGGCGAGAUCCAGCGUGUCACCAUCCUGUGCGACAAGUUCUCCAGACACCCCAAGGGCUGCCGUGGGGCUGGACGCUUAAGGUACUGCCCAAAAGGACCAACUUCCCAAGAAUCAGCUCCACUGACCGCGGGGUCCUGCGGCAGCACCACAGCUCCAGGGCAGCGUUUCCCUUCUGCCACAGCAGCCUCCUGGGCAGGCCUCGCUUCAGACCCCGAGGGCAGAACCGGGGCCGGGGAGAGCAUUGCCACGGUUCUCGCCAUACUGAGGCGCCCCAACUUCUACAGCGGGAACAGCUUACUGCCACAGGGCGGGUGGCAGCGGGUGAUGCGGCCAGAGCCUCUGCUGCCCCCUGGCGCCCAGCUGGAGGACAGUCCAUGAGGCCCCACAGGG